AUGCGCAGCCAUGGCAGUUCAACUGCUGCUGUGAGGCCCAUGAAGACAGGCGGGUCGAGGAGUUCGCGCACCAGGCUUAGCGGCUUAGUAGCUGGGAUGUCAGGAAUUCGGCACGACAAGUCAGCACAGCUGUGCGUGCUGCUUGCUGACACAAUCGUUUUUCCCGAGGGAAAUCCACCUGGCGGGGAAGAUGGUAUGGUCUGUCAUUGGUACGUGACCAUGCCCGAUGGCAAGACUACACACUUGCCGUCUGAAAUCUUCUUGGCAGCAAAGAGGGGUGUGAAGGCGCAGCUGGAUUGGUGUGCUUUUCUGGUGAUCGAUACUGGUGCCGAUGCAGAUCUCCGCCUUACGAUUGCGGAUUUGGCAGGCACUCACCUUGGCGCGUACUUUGGCAACAUCAAGCAGCUGGCAAAAUCCGACCAGUUCGACAUCCGACAGCUGACCUUGCAGAAUGUGAAAGGAGCCGUGGCCACCAUCACGAUUCGUGCGGCUGCACAAAUGAGGUGGACGAAAGCAGCCGCGGCGCAACGGGAGCCUGGAUCUUGCGAGUUCCUUACGCCAGCAAAAGAUGCUCAGUCAGCUCACAUCUGGCAGUUCCUCUUUCCGAACCGGGCGAUCCCAACUCCAGCCGGAGCUAGGACAGAGCUCAAGACAAUCAAAGAGGAGCCUGAGACAGAGGCCUCCGCUCCCUCCGCGAACAAGGCGGAGGAGGACAAGGCAUCGGACGCAGAGGGCGAGGAGGAGGAAGAAGAGGAGGAAGAGGAGGAGGAAGAAGAAGAAGCGGAGGAAGAAGACCAGGAAGCAGAUGAACAGGUGCACAAGCCCGAUGCGACAAAAACUGGGCAGAUGGCAGAGCCCGAAGAAGAAGCAGCAGAGAAGCAGCUCGCCGCGAAGGAGGAGGGCAGCGCGGAGACCGAUCGUGAAGCUGAGGCGAGGGAACGCGAGGCGCAGGAGCAAGAGGCAAAGCAGCGUGAAGCUCAAGAGCGCGAGCAGCGCGAAAUCAAGGAACGUGAAGCUCGAGAGCGAGAACUGCGAGAGUUGCGAGAACGUGAGGCCCGAGAGCGAGCAGAGGCAGAGCAGCAGCAGUUGCGCGAGGCUUCGGAACAGAAAGCUCGAGCUCAGCAAGAGUCCCAAGAGGCCAAGGCCAAGGCGAGAGAAGCCGAAGGACCUAGGCAGCAUGAGCUGGAGAAGCGUCGUACAGUCGGUCGAGCUUCCAAAGUCGAGGCCGACAGGACCGAAGGCGGCGGAACCGGGACCGCCGGGACCGUUUGCAACACCCAGGAGAAGACCGAGGCGGCCGAGGCGCUGGAAAGCAGCACUUCAAGGCGGCCGUCCAGACGGCCUUCCGUGGAAGAGGCUCCUUCCAAGAAUAGGGAACAGCGAGCGUCCAGUGCACCCGGAACGAGCAAGGUUCAGCCGCGGUCCCGCGCUGCCUCCGGGGUCAGCCAGCGAUCCAGCAUAGCCGGUCCAGCCAUACGGCAGGAUCCUGCAGCACUCGGCGGAGUCAGCGCCAUGCGGCCGGUGGAUGCCGCCAAGAGCAGGCGGAGCACGUUUCGCCUCGGGGCGCAGGCAUCGCCCGUCUCGCCUUACGUCAUCAGGGCCCAGCCACGAGAAAAAGCGCAAGACGAGCAAAAGUGGCUCGAGGACUCGGAGAGUGAAGAGUUGCAGUUCUCCCCGCGGGACAGCAGUGCUUCUGCUCACGAGCACGAGGAGGUCGUCCCCACCCGACGAGAAGCCGGCGAGGUGGAAGGUCACAUCCCAGUCCACCACCCUGGGCCCAAAGCAGGCCCGAGGGCAGAGCGAUCCGACUCCAGGAGGACGCCGUCAGGGAUCACGGCCUCAAAAUGGCACACGGAGGCGCAGGAGCUUGGAGCCUUGAGACGGUCCUUCCUCCGCUCGGCGAGCGCGAGCGCCCCGAGAGCAAGGCCUUGCCAAGAGGCCUUGGAGCAGAAUGCAGGAGAAGCUGAACACCGGCUGGAUCUGCGAUUCUGCGAUCCCAUCCGGGGCAACCUUGGCAAGCCUCAAAGCAGACAGAGAGGCAGUGAGCCAUCUCAACAGGACCAGAUUCAGCAGCUGCAGCAGCAGUUGCAUCGGCAGCAGCUUCAAAUUCAGGAGCAGCAGCAGCAACUGCAAGCGCAGCUCCGUGCUCGAACACAUCAAACACCAGUUCACACUCCACCCGGGCGCCGACAGACGGUGCAAAACAGCAUCAAGGCUUCGACGGAUCCGCGGCGACCUUUGCCAACACGAGGUUAUGUGCCAAGCCGCUUAACUAACUCUGUGGCCGGCGUCGGCAGAGGAGGGUCGCCAGACAGCAGUCAUGCAGAUAACGCGCCGAUUGUUCCACCAAACUCCGGAAGCCGGCGUCUGUACAGAGUGCUGACAAGGGGACUGGGUGUGCGAGCCGGUCCCAACGUCAAUGCGCCGCGGACGGGAAGCGUGCUUCACAGAGGGGACAUCUUUGAAGCCUCGGUUGUAGCACCAGGACUGGAUGGCCGAGUGUAUCUAAAGAUUGCUGGAUGGCGUGGAUGGGCCUUUGACGAUUCGGCUGUUGAUCCCGUGGAUCCCACGGUGGAAGUGCUCUCUGAACAGGAGGCAUUCGCUGUCCUGAGCUCCGCAGGGAAGCUGUCAGGUAGUUGGUCUUCGCAGCCCAGUCGGCCAGGGGCACAGACGACUGGCUGGGGCUCGAAUCUUGUGGGAAGCCAGGUCUUGCCCGAGAGCGCGCUGCCAGGGAGGACCCACGAGGAAAGCCAAGGCGCUGAUGCCUGGUCCACGCCCACGGCAACUGUGGCUGAACUCAAUCAGGACAUCAAUAGCGGCAAUCUGUUCGACGUCGCUUCUGCCGCCGGGCAGCCAAGGAGAGCUGAUGCGGACAAGGACUUUGCACGGGAUUUCCGGGAGGUGUGGGGUUCCCGGGAUGUUCCUCUUGGCCACGGAGCUUUGACUGCAAGUUGA